UUUACCUUUGUUAGCUUUCUUGGCAACCAAACACCAUGACAAGAAAGAAAGUGAAGCUUGCAUUCAUAACUAAUGACUCUGCAAGAAAAGCAACAUAUAAGAAAAGGAAGAAGGGUUUAAUGAAGAAGGUGAGUGAGCUAAGCACUCUCUGUGGGAUUGAUGCUUGUGCAAUCAUUUAUAGCCCUUAUGAUUCCCAGCCAGAAGUUUGGCCCUCUCCUUCAGGGGUCCAACAAGUUCUUUCUCAAUUCAAGAACAUGCCUGAGAUGGAGCAGAGCAAGAAAAUGGUGACUCAAGAAAGCUUUACAAGGCAAAGAAUAUCCAAAAUCAGUGAGCAGCUCAAGAAACAAAGAAAAGAUAACCGCGAAUUGGAGAUGACUCAAGUCAUGUUUCAAGGAUUAGCUGGAAAGCUUAACCUUAGCAACUUGAACAUGAUGGAUUUGAAUGAUCUUGGAUGGUUGAUUGAUCAGUACUUGAAGGAGAUUUACAAGAAGUUUGAAACAGCUAAUAAGAACCCUAAUGGUAUCAUUUCCCAAGUGGCUGCUCCAACUGCACCACCACCACUACCACCACCACCACCAUCUGCGUUGGCUGGAUCUAGCGAUGGCCAGGUUGAGAGGCUGCAGAAUAAUAAUUUUGAGAUGAUGAACAGUAAUGCAGAUCCCAUGCAAAGGCAGCCAUGGAUUAUGGAUUGGAUGAACCCACAAGAACAGAUGGGGUUUGGUGGGGAAGAGAUGAUGAUGCCUUUUGGGGAGAACAUGAAUCAAACUUCUUGGUCUAAUGCUUUUUUCAAUGACGAGGGAGGAAGAUUUGCAUAAGGGUUUUACAUUGUUAAAUUUGGUGCAUUUUGAUUUCGUUUGUUGUCCAAUGUUCCUUUAAAAUAUUUGUUGCGUCUAAAUAACUAAACCUUGAUGGCUACAUCAAGAUUGUGGUGUUCUUACAUCAUAUCCACAUUGUUGUUUGAAACCACAUAUUUAAUAUUAUGUACUUUCAAGUUAAUGUUUUAAAGUUUA